GGAAGACGUUUGCUUUCCUUCCAGGGCAGACACGGUGUAUGAAGACAUGAAGCAAAGGUACGGCCCUCAGGGAUGCUACCUGUUGAAGAUCAACUCUCGCUCCUCUUCGCCUGAGGAGGGGGAGCAGAUCCCAGACCCCUGGAGUCAGUACCUGCACAAGCAAAACCCCCGGAACCAGGACUCGGUGGAACCUGCUGCUAAUGCUGCUGCUCCUCUGGGCGUUCCUCCUGAGGCCGACUGCAGGGAUUCAGCAGAGAGAGUAGAUCCUGGGCCUUCCACUCACCCCCUUCAGCUGGACACCGACAGCGUCCUAACCAUGAGCCCAGAGGACGUGAAGAAAAGUUCUGCUGACCCAGACGACGCAGCUGACGGAGCGGGGAGCCACGGCGCCUGCCUGACCCUGAGCGACCACGACCGCAUCAGACAGUUCAUCCAGGAGUUCACCUUCAGAGGCCUGCUGCCUCACAUAGAGAAGAACAUCAGACAGCUGAAUGACCAGGUAGCUUCCUUUACUCACAGAAACAUGGCUGCAUACUAACAGAACUCUGAAUGAU